GUGAGGAGUUUCCCUUUCUUCCCUCAUGCAAACGCCCCUCUUCUGUCCACCAAGGCUCCCUGACUGUUAGCCACCGCUACCGGCUUGUGCCUGUCUGCUGUCCCAGUCUGCAGCGCUGCAUCUCCCCACUGUAGAGAGAGAGAGAGAGAGACUGAGAAAGGAGAGAGAAAGAUAGUCUCCGGGGCGGUGGCGGCAGGGUCCUGCAAACUCAAUGUCCAAAAUCUUGACAUCCGGACCUAAGAAGGCAGGGCUGUAAUCCAUUUCAAUGACAACAGAGACGAUUUUGGCAGGGGAAAUGAAGACGGCAAUGGAGGGUGACGCCAGGAGGACCAAUCAGGUUCCUGAAGACCCAGGAGACCUGGAUGAUAGCUCAGAGAAGACUCCCAGCAAAGCCUCCAGAUCACCCCAGAAAACCACUAAACGGCUUAAGACUGUACCCGUGAAAGUCACUCUUCUUGAUGGCUCUGACUAUGAUACUGCGGUUGAGAAAUUCGCCAAGGGCCAGACCCUGCUAGACAUGGUGUGCGGCCACCUGAACCUGCUGGAGAGAGACUACUUUGGCCUGUCUUUUAUGGAUUCCGAUAACUCUAAGAACUGGCUGGAUCCUUCCAAAGAGAUUAAGAAGCAGAUUCGGGUUGGUUCCUGGAGUUUUGGGUUUGCGGUCAAGUUUUACCCACCAGAUCCAUCUGUGCUAAUUGAAGACAUCACAAGGUACUACCUGUGUCUACAGCUAAGGGAUGACAUCCUCUCUGGCCGCCUCCCAUGCUCAUUUGUCACACAUGCUCUGCUGGGCUCCUACACAGUCCAGGCUGAACUGGGAGACUACGACCCUGAAGAACAUGGCCCAGACUACGUCAGUGACUUCCACUUUGCUCCAAACCAAACGCGAGAACUGGAGGAGAGAGUGAUGGAGUUGCACCAUAACUAUAGGGGGAUGACUCCAGCAGAAGCAGAGAUGAACUUCCUAGAAAAUGCAAAGAAGCUCUCAAUGUAUGGAGUGGAUCUUCAUCAUGCAAAGGACUCUGAGGGAAUAGACAUAAUGCUUGGCGUCAGUGCAAAUGGGCUUCUCAUCUACAGAGACCGCCUCAGAAUCAAUCGCUUUGCCUGGCCUAAAAUCCUUAAAAUCUCAUAUAAAAGAAGCAACUUCUAUAUCAAAAUCCGUCCAGGAGAGUAUGAACAGUUUGAGAGCACCAUAGGCUUUAAGCUGCCCAACCAUCGGGCCUCCAAGCGCUUGUGGAAGGUCUGCAUAGAACACCACACCUUCUUCAGGUUGGUUUCCCCUGAACCACCUCCUAAGGGCUUUCUCGUAAUUGGCUCCAAGUUUCGAUACAGUGGGAGGACACAAGCCCAGACAAGGCAGGCAAGUGCUUUGAUUGACAGGCCUGCCCCACAGUUUGAUCGUUCUGUCAGCAAGCGAUACCUGCAGCCCCGAAGCAUAGAUGGAGCUUCAGCUUUAGGGGAUAGUAUGGAUCAGUUGUCUCAGAGAAGCUCAAGUGAACACACACAGUUUAUGUCCCGGGAAGAUCUGGAUCAAGAGGGCAGCUUAGAUCUUGACCAUGAUCAUUACCUCUAUCAAGACCAAGACCAGAACCGAUUCACAGACCAGGAGAUGGAGCAGCAUGAUGGUCGGAAACAGCCACUUGGAGCUGUCAGUUCAACGCCAACAAAGGCCUUGGAGCUCAAGGAUGAGGAGCCAGGCAUUCCUAUAGACUCGAAACCAGAGGAUCUGCUGCCCCAUCGGCCCAAGCAGGAGCAGCAGUUUUUGGAUAAGCCAGAGGACGUUUUACAGAAACACCAGGCUAGCAUCAAUGAGCUGAAGAGGGCUUUAAAGCAGCCAAACAGCAAGAAGGCAUCAAGAGACAAGCGGAUCCCGUCAGCCACUCCUCCUGCCGGAACCCCUGAACGAAAAACUGCAACCAGUGAUGCCAAAUUGAUUGAGAAGCAGGAUGGUUAUGAGACAACACUGGAUUCUCACAUCAAUGCAGAAAAGAAUAAGACCUCAUUAGGGUCUGAAGCAAUUAUGGACAAUUACCAAACAUCCAGGGAAUACUUAACCACUAAGUUUGGAACAUCUAUAACCGAGGCAUCAGGAAGGAGAGAAAUUAACAAGAUGGAUGAGGCAACUAAUGGACAUUGUGACUCUGCAUCUGAGAGAAAUAUGUUUAAUGAAAAUGGAUAUGACUUACCACCUGAAAAAAUUAUAAAUAAGAUGAACAAAGAUGUAAACAUUUGUCUGUACCAGCAUCAAGAGAAAAAAAAGAACUUUGAAUCUAUUGAAACUUUGGAUCUUUUCCCAAAGGGUAACAGACCUAAAUGUGAAUGGGGUACAACAAACACAGAGGCUGGGAAAAUGAGAGACCUGAGACACAAUGGGGAAAAGGAUUGCAACAAAACCUUAAACUCACAUUCUGAAGUCACCAAAAUAGUUCCGCUCAAGCCACAGAGAUCAAAGAAAUCUUUGAAUAAAGAGAACAAAGUUUUAAACCCUGAAACUCAAAGCCAGUCUGACAGGAGCACCCUUAGUGCAUCUGGGAAUCAACAGGCGACUAAACCGUCUUGCGAUUUAGGACGGAGACUUGAUGGCAAUACUGUCCUGCAGUCCUUAGAGCUGUAUCGGCAAACCCAAGUUCCCCAUCAAACUAAAAAUGUGUUGUAUACACAGAAAGACCCGAAAGACGGCAAAGAUUCAACAGGACAAGGCCAGUGGACAAAGGGGAAUUUGUUGCAGGAAGACAAUUCUCUCUUGGAGUUGGGCUCCAAAUUUCCCACAGCUCCUCCUUGUACCCUACCUCUAAAAACACAGUGGUCCCGAGAUAAGCCAGACAAUACUGACAGCAUCCACAUCCACUACCGGACCCCCAGCCAAGAAACAGCUAAGAGGAAGCAACCGGAGACUCCCCCUACACCUGCGAUCCAUGAGGAGCAUUUUAGCGAGACCUCAAAGGAACCAUGGGAGAGGCGUCUGGGCUCUGUAUCUGAAGACGACCAGGACCAUGAGAUCCUCUACCUGAAGGAAACCCACCUGGGCAUUGAGCGCAAGUGUUCCAGCAUCACCGUUAGCUCUACAUCCAGCCUUGAAGCUGAGGUAGAUUUCACAGUUCUUACAGACCUUCAAACUGGAAUGGAAGAGUUCUCCAGGGGUAUGUCUGAGUUAGGAGAGAGAGAUCUCUCACCUGAUGGGGGGCUGCGCUUUGGGAUCGAUUUGCUUCAGCAACAAGCCCCCCCUGAACCACCCCCUCCAUUAGUACCUGCUCCUCUCACCAGAGGGGCCAGUGGCAGCCCCCCGGCCAAACUUAUUCAACCUGAAGAAGUUCGACCAGAAGUCCGACCAGAAUUCCGAUCUGAGGUCAGACCCGAGGGCCGACCAGAUGUUAAAAGGCCAGAGGGCCAGCCGGUUGUUCCUAAAAAACCAAAGAGGUCGGUACCAGUGUCAUCAUCAAUGGACAGAGAUCAGUCCCACAAAGAAGCCAGUCGAGUCCCUACAGUAACUCCUCUCAGCAGAGAUGCAAGUGACAUCAUGGCCGCUCCAUCAGUGAAGAAAACAGACACUAGGACAGAGACACAGCCUAACGGAUCAGAGCUCACCACCACCAUUGUGGAGUUCACAGAUCAGGAUCAUGGUAUCACAGGGCUAAGUGAGGUUUCCUAUUCUACGAGACAAAGUGUAUCUCCAGUGCACAGAGGUGGUUUUGGAAGAGAGUCGUCUGGCUCGCCUAUCCUUGUUGCUGAAAAUGUUACCUCAGCCACCACUCAUGUCUCAAAGACGGUGAAAGGUGGAUACUCUGAGACGAGGAUUGAGAAGAGGAUUAUUAUCACCGGGGAUGAUGACGUAGACCAAGAGCAGGCUCUGGCUAUUGCAAUACAGGAAGCCAAACAGCAGCACCCAGACAUGCAGGUGACCAAGGCAGUGGUCAUUAGGGAAAUAGAACCAUCCAGUGAGGAUCAACAUGGCGCAUCAUAGUCUCAUUUUACUGAAGCAAGAGUGCCCCCAUGUGGACAAGACAUGUCAGUACCUGACAAGAAGCCACCACCCACAAUCCCUACUAAAAAGCUGACUGUCAGCAGGACUCAGACAAACCUGCUGGUACAAUGGCGAAAUGGACCUUUAAAGUUUAGAUUUCCAUAAUUUUCCUCAUAUUGAUCGAAAAUGAUAAAGGGAGUCACUCACAAUCAAGUUGUGAUAGUAUAAUCCAUGCUCUUCAGGUGAAAAAAACACAAAAAGAUUCCAAAAGAUGAUAAACAAUUAAAUUAAUAUCCCAACCAAAUUUCCUUUAAAAUUUCUCAGGGCCUUAACUUUUAACACGUGUUGGAGUAUUCCUUAAAGGAAAAUACUGAGAAAGGGUUCCUGUUCCAUGAAUCACUACAGAUUAAUGUCACAUCAAAUUGUGUGAUGGCAACCGUCAUAAAUAUCAAUAGGGAAAUAUUAUUUGAAAUAUAUUAUAAAGAGUUUAUCUAGGAAUAUAAAUGUGUCUGAAAACAUGAAAAGCAAAAGCUGGAAAUGUUGUUCACGAUUUGUUGAUUGGGACAAUAGAGAAUUAACUAACCAACAAUGAAGAUUUCAAAAAAGGUUUUAGAUGAAGCAAGAUAUCUUAUGAAACCAUAAUUUCUGCAUCAUUGGUUGAACAUCACUGGACGAUGGAGGAAAAUAAUGCACUGAUUGGAGAAGUUUGCUGUCAUCUCUGUCUGAUCAUUUUAAGUCAGUAAGUUAUUUUCUAUGUGCUUUUUUUUUUUACUGGAUGUGUGGGUGGAAAAUAUGCAAGGAUGCACGCUUGCUGUAGGAUCUGUUAUUGAACCUGUUGGAUUCAUUCAGAGCCAUGUGAAGUAUUGAAACGUUAGAAUGAGCCCAAGUGUCUCUCCCCCCUCUGCCUUUAGAUAAGCUUUCACAGUCCAGCUGGAUGUAACACCACAUUGGCUGUUUUAUGUGGAAACGCAUAGAGUAGACUCACAAACCAGCUGCAUUGGUAAAAGUAGUACUUGAGAAAAUGUCUGCAUGAUAUAAUUUCUUGCAUUACUGCAUUGUAAGAAAGAGGAUUAUGAUGAAAGAAAACUGACUGAUAAUAACAAAUUAAGCCUAAAAUCUUCACAAUUUUGCUGUUUAAACAAGGAAAAAUUUCUUGAGCAGGAACUAAACAUUAGCUCCAUCCUGUACUGGAAAAUUCGACAGAAGUGCAUUGUUGUGGUUGAAUCUUUUAAUUUUUAACCCACUUUCAUCUUAUUUUGAUGGUGCUGUACAUAAUAUCUGAACAUAUCAGUUCACUUUUUAUUCUAAUCUUAAGGAAAGUUAAAGAGCUUUGGCUGGCUCUCAUUUUGUUGCACUAAAUAAUCUUCAUUUUUUUCAUAUUGAUUUGCAACAACUUCAAUCUUCUUCCAAACUAUUUUAUUUACAUGUUGUGUCAAAACUUUAGCUUUUCUGACAUGUCAUGUCGAGAACAUCCUAAAUAAAAUAUACUGUAGGAGAAUCAUCGGAACUUUUAGCUAUGUGAGACUUAGUAUGUGAAUGUUAGAUGAAUGCCGCAGAUGUAACGUGCCAACUCAGAUAGCAGUGAUAUUGUACAAAUGCUGGUUUUGUAAUGAAAACAAAAACUUUUUAUAAAAAAAAAGCUCCUUUUAAUUCCAGGAGUGCCAGUCAAAUACAUAAACUUGACACGACAAGGUUUCCCUUUAACGUGGACAAUAAUUGAUAUGAUAAAUACAUUUCCUGCCAGUUUGCCAAAGUCAAAUGUUAUAUAUUAAUCAAAUAAAUGCAUCACAUAAAAAUAUUGUCAGUAGAUUAAAAAUAAGGCAAAGCAACACAUUGUCAUGUCAGGUUUAUGAGGGCACCACUGAAUAUAUUUUACUUUUAAACACAAAACAAUACAUUUUUCACAUAUGGUGUAACUUCUGUUUUUCCGAUUUUAAUGCAUCAUUUUUUUAAGUUAUGGUGAAAAGAAAAAGGAUAUAGCAGUGUUUAGCUGGAGGCUUUAAGGAAAAAAAUGCAGCCUUUCAUUCCUCAUGCUGCUCUUUUGGUGCUGUUUGGUGGAUUGUAAAGAUGUGAAGUACAGUAGUUAAUGGUCAUGGGUAGGAUGUGCACUAGGAGGAAUCCGUUACGUUAAACAAGUGAGCUCUGUAUCAACUGCAAACAAACCCACCUGAACUCCUCACCAUCCUCUAUCAAUUUUCAAACUAAUGCAAAUCCUGUUGGGACAGACUUACCAGAGGAUGUCUCAAAAAAAGGUAAAUUUGCUAAGACGCCUUGGGAUAGCUGUGUCUGAUGCCCUCUGGUUGAUCCAGAGUCCUCUCUGUCUCCCCUCCAUCUUCUCUUCUCUGCUGCUUUGCAUUGCUUGGUGGUGUGUCUUUGCUGUACAUUGUGCUUCAUCCCAAAAAAAUAAAGACUGAAAGAAGGCUGAA